AUGCGCCUCGAACCACCACAGCCACUCGCCACAGGCGGCUCAGCACUACCUUCGGCCCCAAACCGCCUACUCGCUCUACCGAGAGAACUCCGCGAUAUAAUCUACGAGGGUAAUUACGCACUCACCGAAGAUCGCGGCCUCCUUAUGAUCGAGACUCACCCGAAGAGCUUCAGAGGCCAUCGACUCUAUGAGCACUGGGUCGAAUCUAACCGGCUCAAAUACGUCUGUCGCCAGCUAUACCACGAAACCAAGGGCUUGGGUCUGAAACACAACGACGUCGCUGUUCGGUCUGAUCGGCAGGUCGAGGACUUCGUUACGUUUCUCGCUACAUGUUCGGCGGAUCAGCAAAAGUAUAUUCGGCAAGUCACACUGUGUGCUGACGUGUCGAGUAUCGUGGGACGGGUGAGCACAUGGAACAAGGCCGUCGAGACAUUGACGCCAUAUGGCGCCUCGCAUCCCGGCAUGAAGUUUCACUUAUAUGUCAGUUCCCUCGGUGAAAUCGAUGACGCCGGUCAUUGGCUCAUCAUGGCUGCCAACGUUCUGUACGCCAGACAUAUGCACGAGAACCAUGCCAUUCUCUCUCCACUCAUGCGCCGGUUGGCCGUCCGCUUCAAUGCUGAUCGGAAAGAUCCAAUUCCUGAUCAUAUCCGGAUAUUUCCUGGUACAGGGCCUGGCGACCUUGUUCAACCUGUCUUCAGUAAGAGAGACGUACAGACAUAUGGUAUAGCACAGACAGAGCUCUUCAUCAAAGAGAUCGAAAAGUGGCAGCGAGAGGGUAUCUAG